AUGUUCGUCCUUCCCGCUCCUCCAUUUGUUUUAGGAAGUUGGAGAAUCAAAGCUGCGAUCAUGUCUGAGACAAGACGUUUCCGUCACAAAUCCCCUCUCUCUGCUUCCGCCAAACCCUCCGACUCCGAUUCUACCGCCGCGUACAGCGCUUCACUGUCCCAACAACCUCACGUCUACGUUAGGAGAAACAAGAGAGCCAAAGGAAUCACCACUACCGCAAAGCUUCAAGACAAUCAUCAUCUACCCCCUACUCAUACUCUCAAAAAGUUAGGUUUGCCUGAAAUUGAAGAUUUUGCAUACAGAGGAGCAAAUGAAUUGACUCACCGCAGAAUGAGCUCAGAUGUGACUCCAACUGAAAGUGAAGUUGCUUCUUCUACAACACAUAACAGUGGACCACCUGCUUGCUGGGAAGACACGCUUGAAGGUAUUCGCAAAAUGAGAUGUUCUGCAGAUGCACCAGUAGACACUAUGGGAUGCGAGAAAGCUGGUUCUACACUACCACCUAAGGAAAGAAGAUUUGCUGUCCUGGUAUCUUCCCUUUUAUCAAGUCAAACCAAGGAUCAUAUUAAUCAUGGAGCAAUCCAACGGCUUCUUCAAAAUGAUCUGCUUACUCCUGAUGCAAUAAACAAUGCUGAUGAAGAAAUAAUCAAAAAGUUGAUUUACCCUGUUGGAUUUUAUACAAGAAAAGCCACUAAUUUGAAAAAAAUUGCAAAUAUUUGUCUCAUGAAGUAUGGUGGAGACAUACCUAGCACAAUUGAGCAACUACUCGUACUUCCGGGCAUAGGUCCUAAGAUGGCUCAUUUGGUUAUGAAUGUUGCAUGGAACAAUGUCCAAGGGAUCUGUGUAGAUACUCAUGUUCAUCGCAUUUGCAAUCGGCUAGGCUGGGUGUCAAGAUUGGGCACGAAACAGAAAACUUUGACACCUGAAGAGACUAGAGUGUCACUGCAACUGUGGCUUCCAAGGGAAGAAUGGGAUCCAAUAAAUCCUCUAUUGGUAGGAUUUGGACAAACAAUUUGUACACCUUUAAGACCUCGAUGUGGAGAAUGUGGUAUCAGUCACUUGUGUCCAUCAGCGUUCAAGGAGGCCUCAGGUUCAAGCCUUGUAUCAAAGUCCCCAAAGUCCCGAAAGAACAAGAAGCUUUAA